UUUCCCCUCACACCAUCCCGUCGUAUCCCCACCCCUCCCUCCUCCUGUGGCUGAUCCCUCCUCCCCCCCCCCCUCAUUCUCACCUUCUUUUUCAUUUUCCCCAUCCUCCCUCCUCCUGCCCACCGCCUGUUGCCCCGGAGCUACCCGUUCACAACGAUGACCCCGAAUGUUGGGCUCGCAUCCUCCGCGAUUACACUCGGGAUCAUGCUGCUUACGUCCUUGACCAAGCCACCUGGAAUGCAUCAUUCGCUGCCCAUGAAGCCGCUCGAUUCGCCGAUAUCGACUACCAGGCCCUGCGCGCCAAGCACGCUCAUCACCUGCUGUAUUCCCCGACUCCCUCACCCCCCCCCUCCGGCUUUUACCCCCCUCCCCCUGCACCUCCAGGUUCCCCCCCCGUCUGUACCCCCGACUGCCCCGCCUCCGGACACUGA